CGGCGAGCGCGCGUGCGCGAGCGCGCAUAGACGUCCUCCUCCACAGCUCCCCUCUGUUGGGGGUCUAGCGCACUGCUCCGCUGUUCCCGCCUCUCCCGAGGCUCGCACCCUCGGGGUAAGUACCUCGCGCCUGGCGGAGAGGGAGGAAGAGGGUCCACGGAAGGAAGGGAGGGGGCGGACAGGGCUUGGAAAAAGGGAAAAACCGCCCUCGCAAAGCGAGGAGAGCGGCCAACGGGUUGGAGUCUGCAGAAGACACGCCUCCAUCCCUCACACCCCUCGGGGCUGCGGAAGUACUCUGGAGACUCGGGAGGCACGGAGGCGACAGGUGGACUACCAUUCCCAGAAGGCGGUGUGGCGCCGCGCCUACAGCUCCCGGCAGCACUCGCGCGCCAGGCCUCUUUCAGUCCUCUGCCACCUGGUGCGAAACUACAGUUCCCAGGAGGCCUCGCGCAAAGCGGCUUGGAAGUGGGCAGCCUGGAAGUCACUCGGGCCACCGGAGCUGGCGGCGUCUCCAGCUAGCGGCGCGGGUCUGGACGCCGCGGUCGUGGGGCCCGCCGGGCGGGCAGCCCAGACGCCCAGAUGCACAGUCUUUGACCUCGGCUCUCCUGGGACCCACAAGGAGCACUAGUGUCCAGAACAUACAAAGGCAUGGCGGGGAAGGCACCCCUGCAGCCUGCUGGCCUUGGCGCACAUCUGCUGCUUGCUCUGUCCUGCUGAGCCACUCAGUCUGGAGCCCGCGGGACAGCGCCUGCCUCGCGAGGUUGUCCUGGCUCAGUUUUCCACAGCGAUGGUGGAGAACUGGACUUCACAGUCUCACAACCUUCCCGUCAGGCUUCAGGGACCAGCAUCCUUCAUCCUGGGACUGGUGGCCCUGAACAAUGGCUGAGGGACAGGGGACCCCAUAAAGUUAGUCUUCGGCUUAACAGGGGCCAGUAGCACUCCAGAACCCGUGGACUAUGACCACCUAUCGGCCCAUUCCCAGCGAUGGUGUGGACCUGGCAGCCAGCUGUGGGGCCAGGGCCGCCGAUGUCCUCCCUGGGCCGCACACAGGGGACUUCACUCCCAUGGGAUUCUGGGUCCAGAACGGCAGCAUGCCCCAACCUGUGGGCGAGAGCCCCGCCAAUGCCACAACCCGCCCCAGUCCCACCACCCCCGCGGUGCCCAAGAUGGGUGUGCGCGCAAGAGUGGCCGACUGGCCGCCCAAGCGGGAGGCCCUGAGAGAGCAGAGCAACCCCAGCCCCUCACAGGACACAGACGGCCCAAAAGCCACAAAAGUGGCCCAUUCAGUGAGGAACAUUCAGAACGGACAGCCCCCCACCGGCACACCCACUUCCUCAGGGUCCAAAGCCUUCCACCGACUCUCCAGGAGGAGGUCGAAAGAUGUGGAAUUCCAAGACGGGUGGCCCCGGUCCCCCGGAAGGGCUUUCCUCCCGCUGCGGCACCGCAGCAGCAGCGAGAUCACCCUCAGCGAGUGCGAUAUGGAGGACGCAGCAGAGCCCCGCGGGGCCCGGCACACCGGGGCACUGCCCCUGUUCCGCGAGUACGGGAGCACGUCCUCCAUCGACGUGCAGGGCGUGCCCGAGCAGAGCUUCUUCGACAUCCUCAAUGAGUUCCGCAACGAGCAGCCCGAGGCCCGGGGCGCCCAAAACCUCUCCGAGCUCCUGCGGCCUGAUCCUGGCCCACACCUCGCUGGGGGCGGCAGCGGAGCCAAGGGGGACGCCCGCAACGGGCAGCCCGCCAAGGACGGCCUUCUGCCACUGCAGCCGGUGAAGGAGAAGGAGAAGGCCCGGAAGAAGCCGGUGCGGGGCCUGGGCGGCGGGGACACGGUGGACUCGUCCAUCUUCCGGAAGCUGCGGAGCAGCAAAGCGGAGGGCGAAGCGGCUCGGUGCCCAGGGGAGGCUGAGGACGGCCGGAGCCCCCCGGAGGCCAGCAGGCCGUGGGUCUGCCAGAAGAGCUUCGCCCACUUCGACGUGCAGAGCAUGCUGUUCGACCUCAAUGAGGCGGCCGCCAACCGGGCGUCCACGGCCCAGCGGCGGAACACGACCACAGGGGCCUCGGCCGCCUCUGCCAUGGCCUCCCUCACGGCGUCGCGGGCGCACGGCCUCGGCGGCCUGGACCCCGCCUUCACCAGCACGGAGGACUUGAACUGCAAGGAGAACCUGGAGCAGGACCUCGGCGACGACAACAGCAACGACCUGCUGCUCAGCUGCCCGCACUUCCGCAACGAGAUCGGCGGCGAGUGCGAGCGCAACGUGAGCUUCUCCCGGGCGGCCACGGGCUCCCCGGGCGAGGGCCGCCCGCCGGAGCCAGCCCUGAGCGCCUACCGCACCAACGCCAGCAUCUCGGUGCUGGAGGUGCCCAAGGAGCAGCAGAGAACGCAGAGUCGCCCGCGGCAGUACAGCAUCGAGCACGUGGACCUGGGCGCCCGCUACUACCAGGAUUACUUCGUGGGCAAAGAGCAUGCCAAUUACUUUGGUGUGGACGAGAAGCUGGGGCCCGUGGCCGUGAGCAUCAAGCGGGAGAAGCUGGAGGACCACAAGGACCAUGGGCCUCAGUACCAGUACAGGAUCAUCUUUCGGACCCGUGAGCUCAUCACCCUGCGGGGCUCCAUCCUGGAGGACGCCACACCCACGGCCACGAAGCACGGGACCGGGCGGGGCCUGCCCCUGAAGGACGCCCUGGAGUACGUCAUCCCCGAGCUUAACAUUCACUGCCUUCGGCUGGCUCUCAGCACGCCCAAGGUGACGGAGCAGCUGCUGAAGCUCGACGAACAAGGGCUCUGCCGGAAACACAAAGUGGGCAUCCUGUACUGCAAGGCCGGCCAGAGCUCGGAGGAGGAGAUGUACAACAACGAGGAGGCCGGCCCGGCCUUCGAGGAGUUCCUCUCCCUGAUCGGGGAGAAGGUCUGCCUAAAGGGCUUCACCAAGUACGCAGCGCAGCUGGAUGUCAAGACCGACUCCACGGGAACCCACUCCCUCUACACGACAUAUCAGGACUACGAGAUCAUGUUCCACGUCUCCACCCUGCUCCCUUACACCCCCAACAACAGGCAACAGCUCCUAAGAAAGAGGCACAUAGGAAACGAUAUCGUGACGAUCAUCUUCCAGGAGCCCGGGGCGCUGCCUUUCACCCCCAAGAACAUCCGCUCCCACUUUCAGCACGUCUUCAUCAUUGUCCGAGCGCACAGCCCCUGCACUGAGAGCGUCUGCUACAGUAUGGCUGUGACCCGAUCCAAAGACGCUCCUCCUUUCGGCCCCCCUAUCCCCAGUGGAACCACAUUCCGCAAAUCUGACGUCUUCAGAGACUUCUUGCUGGCCAAGGUGAUUAACGCUGAGAACGCCGCGCACAAGUCCGACAAGUUCCACACCAUGGCCACCAGGACCCGCCAGGAGUACCUCAAGGACCUGGCUGAGAACUGUGUCUCCAACACACCCAUUGACUCCACGGGCAAGUUUAACCUCAUCUCCCUGACCUCCAAGAAAAAGGAGAAGACCAAAGCCCGGGCAGGCGCUGAGCAGCACAGCGCAGGGGCCAUCGCCUGGAGGGUGGCGGCUCAGGACUACGCCCAGGGAGUAGAAAUUGACUGCAUUUUGGGGAUUUCCAAUGAGUUUGUGGUGCUCCUGGACCUACGCACCAAGGAGGUGGUAUUUAACUGCUACUGCGGGGAUGUCAUUGGCUGGACCCCAGACUCCUCGACACUUAAAAUCUUCUAUGGGCGAGGGGACCACAUCUUCCUUCAGGCCUCCGAGGGCUCUGUGGAGGACAUAAGGGAAAUCGUCCAGAGGCUGAAGGUGAUGACCAACGGCUGGGAGACGGUGGACAUGACCCUGCGGCGGAACGGGCUCGGCCAGCUGGGCUUCCACGUGAAGUACGACGGCACCGUGGCCGAGGUGGAGGACUACGGGUUUGCCUGGCAGGCUGGCCUCCGGCAGGGCAGCCGGCUGGUGGAGAUCUGCAAGGUGGCCGUGGUCACGCUGACCCACGACCAGAUGAUCGACCUGCUGCGAACCUCCGUCACCGUCAAGGUGGUCAUCAUCCCGCCUUUUGAGGACGGCACGCCCAGGAGGGGGUGGCUGGAGACCUAUGACAUGAAUACCUCGGAGCCCAAGACGGAGCCGGAGAGCAUGGCCCCGGGGGGCCGGCCCCCCUACCGCAGCAAUGCUCCGUGGCAGUGGAGCGGGCCCUCAUCCCACAACUCCCUGCCAGCCUCCAAGUGGGCUGCUCCCACCACCCCCGGCCACGCCCAGUCCCUGAGCCGGCCCCCGAAGCAGACCCCCAUGGUCCCCUUCCGGGAGUCCCAGCCGCUGCACAGCAAGAGGCCUGUCAGCUUCCCAGAAACCCCUUACACAGCAUCACCAGCAGGGGCCGACAAAGUCCCUCCCUACCGACAGCCUUCUGGGAGCUUCUCCACCCCCGGCUCGGCCACCUACGCAAGAUACAAGCCAUCCCCGGAAAGGUACGCCGCCGCCCCCCCGCACCAACUGCUGUCCUUUGAUCCCCACUUCAGCCACGAUGGGAUGUCCAGCGGCGACUCCUCUUCAGGUGGCUUGACCAGCCAGGAGAGCACCAUGGAGCGCCAGAAGCCAGAGCCUUUGUGGCACGUGCCCGCCCAGGCCCGGCUCUCGGCCAUAGCAGGAAGCAGCGGAAGCAAGCACGCCUCCAGGCAGGACGCAGCAGGCAAAGAUUCCCCCAACAGGCAUUCCAAAGGAGAGCCUCAGUACUCCAGUCAUUCCAGCAGCAAUACCCUCUCCAGCAAUGCAUCCAGCAGCCACAGCGACGAUCGAUGGUUCGACCCCCUAGACCCCCUGGAGCCAGAGCAAGACCCUCUCUCCAAGGGUGGCUCCAGUGACAGUGGCAUUGACACCACCCUCUACACCUCCAGCCCCAGCUGCAUGUCCUUGGCCAAGACACCUCGGCCGGCCAAGCCACACAAGCCCCCUGGAAGUAUAGGCCUCUGUGGGGGCGGGCACGAGGCUACCGGGAGGUCCCACCAUGCAGACCGGCGACGGGAGGUCUCACCUGCCCCUGCAGUCACUGGCCAGAACAAGGGCUACCGACCGAAGCUGUACUCUUCAGGCUCCAGCACCCCUACAGGCCUGGCUGGGGGCAGCCGUGACCCACCAAGGCAGCCCAGUGACAUGAGCUCAAGGGCCGGCUACCCCGCUCAGGUUCACAAGCCGGCCAGCGCAGAGAGCCCACGACCCUCCCAGCUGGCCCAGUCCAGCGUCUUCCAGCUCUCCGCCUCUGUCCCCAAGUCAUUCUUCUCCAAGCAGCCUGUGCGCAACAAGCACCCGGCGGGAUGGAAGAGGACGGACGAGCCCCCGCCACGGCCGCUCCCCUUCACUGACCCAAAGAAGCAGGUGGACGGCAACACGAAAAACGUCUUCGGGCAGCCGAGGUUGAGGGCGUCCCUCCGAGACCUCCGCUCCCCCCGGAAGAACUACAAGUCCACCAUCGAAGAUGACCUGAAGAAACUCAUCAUCAUGGACAACCUGGCGCCCGAGCAGGAGAGAGACGCCGCGCAGUCACCACAGAAGAGUCUUCAGCGGACGCUAUCGGAUGAGAGUCUGUGCAGCGGGCGUCGGGAGCCCAGCUUUGCCAGCCCCGCCAGCCUAGAGCCCGGCCUGCCCAGCGACGUGCUCUUCACCAGCACCUGCGCCUUCCCCUCCAGCACGCUGCCCGCCCGCCGCCAGCACCAGCACCCCCUCCCGCCCGGCGGCCCCGGUGCCAUCCCUGCCACAGGCAACGGCUUCCCGGAGAAGAAAUCCACCAUCUCAGCCUCAGAGCUCUCACUGGCCGAUGGGCGGGACCGGCCACUGCGACGCCUCGACCCAGGGAUGAUGCCACUGCCCGACACGGCUGCCGGCCUGGAGUGGUCCAGCCUGGUGAACGCAGCCAAGGCGUACGAAGUGCAAAGAGCCGUCUCGCUCUUCUCUCUGAACGACCCAGCUCUGAGCCCAGACAUCCCGCCUGCACACAGCCCUGUCCACAGCCACCUGAGCCUGGAGAGGGGGCCCCCGACCCCCAGGACCACCCCUACCAUGAGCGAGGAGCCGCCCCUGGAUCUGACCGGCAAAGUGUACCAGCUGGAAGUGAUGCUGAAACAGCUGCACACGGACCUGCAGAAGGAGAAGCAGGACAAGGCAGUGCUGCAGUCGGAGGUGGCCAGCCUGAGGCAGAACAACCAGCGGCUGCAGGAGGAGUCACAGGCUGCCAGCGAGCAGCUGCGCAAGUUCGCCGAGAUCUUCUGCAGGGAGAAGAAGGAGCUCUGACGGGAGAGGCCGCUGCCCCACCCCUCCGCCUGGGCGGGCCGUGGGCUCCUGCUCUCCUGUCCCUCAGCCCAGCCUCUGGUUGCAGGCGUGACUGAGAUCAUCCAGCCAGGGCCCCACCGCCCUCCCAAGGACACGGAAACCAGGGUGGCAGUGGGACCUGAGGGAGCCUCCCUGGGGCUGCGAGCUGGGGUCUGCUCGUGGUCCUUGAGCCCCAGGAGGCGACACAGUCUCUCAGGCCUCCCUCUGAGCUGCCCACCUGUGGUCCCUGGAGGCUGGGCCAUGCCCACACCGCCCCCCCAGGGGGGCCACCCUGCCAUCCCGUCUAGCCUCUUCCUAGGACCAAGCCAUGGUCCUACAGGAAGCUGUAGGAAGGGGGUGGAGGGCAGGAGUGAGUCUCCAAACCUCAUGGCUCCAGGAGUUCACAAACCAGGUUUCUUCACCACGUACAACAGCAUCUGGGCUUGUGGGGCCAAGACCCCUGCAUGAAAAAUCACAGUGGGAGAUGGCCCAUUAUUGCCUCGCACCCCAGAGAGCUGAGGGCCGGUGUGGAUGCGGGCCAGGGCUCUCGGUCCCUGGUGCACUGGCUCCAAAAAGCAUGGACGUUGUCCCCUCCCAACCCUAUCCUCCAAAAAGCAACCAGGAGCACUUUCUUAGAGUUUCAGUUAUUUUCUUGGGGGGGGUCCCAGUCUGGAGAGAGGAAACCCCAGCAUCCAGAGUCAAAUUCUUUGAGGGGAAGCUAUUUGCACACUUGGGACCAUUUCUACGCCUUUUCUAUCAGUUCCUUGGCUGCCAGAGGCUUCAGGGCCUGGGCCCCUCCACCUUCGAGCUACUGACCCAGCCAGGCCGUCCCCUCCUCCCCGGCUCCGCCAGCCCUGACCACGACCACACAGCCCCGGCCUCUUCCAGGCACCAGGAGGGGCUCCACGGAGCCCUCAGGCCGGGGCUGGAGAGAAACAGCCUUCAUCACUUCUCUGCUUUUUUCCCUUUGCAAGAGCCUCUCGGCCCAUCCCGCAGGCCCCACCGCAGCGGUGACAUCGGACACCCUCACUGUGCUCCCCGGGGAGCACUUGGCUGUGCGAACCCCCACAAGACGCUGGUUCUCUAAAGGCAAUAAGGGGGCGGCUCUCCAGGCAGCCAAGCCGGUGUGGUACUAUGCUGUUCACCCAGGAAAUAGUUUCUUUUUUUCCUUUAAAAACAAACAAAAGUAUAUAUAUAUAUAUAUUUAUUUUUUCAUGUAGAGUUGCGCCAGAACAAGCCUGUGUGGCCACAAUCUGUGGAUUCCCCCGACCUCAAGCUGAGGACCGAGGCGCGUCCCCUGUGGGCCGGAGCUCAGUGGGGGGACUUGGAGGGACAAAGUUGGCUGGGGGAGGGAGGGCCUCAGAGCAGCACACUCGGCUGGGGCCAGCUCUGUCCAGAGACCCUGCCACCUUCUCCGCCUUCUCUCUGCGGCCAGAAACCUCAGGGAGGGAGACUCUGGGGACCUCACAGAACCCAGGUGUUUGGGGAGCAAAAGAAAAGGACCUUCAUCGCGCCUCCCUGCAUCAGCCUCUGGCCCCUCUCCCCACCGCCAUCUCCUCUUCCUCACUGUGGUGUGAUGCGGUGGCUGUGAGGGGGCCUGCCGUGUCCUCAGCCCUGGCCAACUACUGUGAUGUCUCUGCCCCUCUUCCCGGAUCCCUUUUUGGAAGGUUCUCCAGGACCACCAACCUGCCCCCUUCCCUCAGACCCUAACCUGGAGCCCACCCUCCCCCACCCUUUUUUUUAAGUUGUCUCCUCAUCUUUUCAGAUCAUUCAAAUCAUUUUGGGGACCUAAUCAUGUACAUGGACCAGUGUAAAUUAUGAUUUUUGGUUUUGUUUUCUGUUAUUUUUUUAAGGACCUCAGCAAAGCAAAUCUAUUUAAUUUGAGUUUGGUGUUCUAUCUGAUGGCUGAAGAUAGCAGGGGUUUUUUUUUCUUCAUAUGUUGAUUUGUUUCAUUUGGAUUUUUUUUAUUCUUUAUUGUCUCCCCCGCCCCUCAUCCCUGUCUUGAGAUUGUCUGGCAUGUUUCUGGAGGUUUCAAAGGAAAUAAAUGUUUCAUAGAA